AUGAAUGAAAUAAUGUUGAACAACAGUAACAACACUUUGACUGGUCAAACAACCAACUCAAAUCAAUCACUUGUUGAUUUGAAUAUACUUGCUACUGUCUUGGGUAUUUUGGGUAUUAAAAUUGGUGCCACUGUAUUAUAA